AUAUGAGCAGCCAUGUUAUUCGUAUCAUGUGGGGUAGCUGCUGGAAUCGUAAUGAAAAACAUUCUGAGGUUUCCGAUUUUUACCCCAUCCAAGAUCUGAGCGUUAAAAAGUUUGUUUAGUGUUAGCGCGACAAACAUUUAAAAGAAGGAUUAUUUCCGGAAAUGAAAUGCGAUCUCAGAUAGUCAAAUUCGGUCGCAAUCUGUGGUCCCAAUAUUAUAGUCUGACAUCAAAUGCAAAACUUGUUAGUUAGAAUAUGGAAAAUUUUCUGCUGUCAGAAAUCUGAAAAUGCCGCGGCCAACUAGAACUUCGUGUGGAAAACGAAGAAAAAUACUGGCUGUAAUCCUCUGUACCGUUGCCGCGUGUUAAAUUUACAGAGGAAAUGCUAAAUAGGUUAACGGAGCAACCUAGGUGGUUUGGUUUGGGGCCCUCCAAUGGGAAAUUGUUUGAAUUGCUUCAAGGAGCCAGAACCGUCGGCCCUGGAAAGCAACACGCAGACAUUGAGUAAAGAGGAGAUGCCUGAAGCCCGUCUGUAUCCAGCACCAAGUCAUGUACCCGCGUUCCAGCCUCCCUUAGAUGCGAUCUUGACCAACGGUAACCAUCUAUUUGCUCCGGCCGUGGAAUCGACUGUCGCCAACGUCGCCUCCACUACCAUAAGUCGUUUUUAUCCGCCCGGCAGGCGCCAAGCCAUGGGUGCCUCCGAGAGCAAACCAUCCGAUGUUAAGUUGAAUUUCCUCUUUGAACACUACAAAGACGAAUUGGAGGAUAGUAUACUGGCAGAGGGCAUCGACCAAUUCUGCAGGGACCUAAAUGUCGCUCCGGACGAGUUUAAAGUAUUGGUGCUCGCGUGGAAGCUCGGCGCCGAGCAGAUGUGCCGCUUUUCCCGCAGCGAAUUCGUCAACGGCCUGAAGUCGAUCAAGUGCGAUUCGAUCAAGUCCAUUCAGCUCAGGCUACCCGACUUAGUCAAGGAAGUCAAAGAAAACGACGACAUGUUCAAAGACCUGUACAGGUUUUCGUUCAAAUUCGGGCUCGAAUCACUAUCGGGCCAGAGGAUACUGCCGACCAAUAUGGCGGUCGUUUUGUGGCGGUUGGUGUUCACGGUGCGCGAGCCGCCGAUACUGAACCGAUGGCUGACGUUUCUCGAGACGCACCCGCUGAUUCGGGGCAUCCCAAAGGACACGUGGAACAUGUUUUUAAACUUUAGCGAACACGUGGGCGAUGACCUGAGCUGCUACGACGACAACGAGGCGUGGCCGAGUUUGUUCGACGACUUCGUCGAAUACGAGAACGAUCAGGCCAAUCAGAACGUAACGAAGUGCGACGAUCUGUUGAUCGCGAACGAAUGACGCCGAACCGUUUCUGACCGAGCCUAAUUAAAAUAAUAAUAACAGGGUGCGAGGGGUGUAAAGUCGAUGUUUUGUGACGUGAAAGUGAUACGGUAAUAAAAUACGUGAGCCAGUUGUAUGGCGGCCUCGUUUGUUUGGGAGAAAGUUUGAAGUUUUUUUUAUUUCGGUGACAUAAAGGUUCAUUUAUUGAAACAUAUGCAAGGUACAAACCGUUCAUACAUUGCUACAACUAUGCAUAUUGUCGAACUUCUAUUGUCUUUAUUUUUUGUUUAGAGAAUGUAUUGGGCAGACCCAUUUCAAUUCUAAGGCUACGAGGCUCUUCUACAGUGUGACGUCAACCGUGAGGGAGUGCAGUGUAGUCAAGCGUGAGGUUGCCAGAUUGUAGCUAUUUUCACGCUUUCCGUUGCCCAUAAGAAUGCAUACUCCAAAAAAAAAAGAAGCUCUGCUAGUUCUAUAUCUUUCCAUGUUUAUUGUCCUCCAUCUUGUUAAUCCUUUUCUUACCGUAAAUGUUCAUUUCUUUGACCAUGAAACUCAUUAGAGUUUCAUAAAAAAGUGGACAAAAAAAUCAAAUGCGAUGCAGCUUUCGUUCAAUACCGUAUUGUCGGCGAAACCUGAAUUUGUGGCAUAAAACUCAAAGCUUUUUUGAGUGAAUUCUUCAUCUAGUUCUCAGUCAAAGGCGGUAGGUGUUCUUAUAGUUUUCUUGGGGCAUGGUGGACCAUCGCUGCCAUUAUUAUCGGGUUCUGAAUUUCCUUUCACAACAUGCAACACUUCGUCAUCGGACGAAGUGUAGUGCCCCCUACCACUAGGUUCAUACUCAUCUAAUGAGAUACUUGUAUCACUGUAGAUGCCGCCAUAGUCACUGCCAGUCUCUCCCUCCAUUAUUCUUUGUGCUUCAUGUUCCACUUCACUUGGUUUAAGCCUUCGUCACAAAUCCAUCUUUCUACAUUAAAGAUUUCUAUGGUUAAUUCUCUUUACUGUUUUGAUAAGGUGCAUGUGCACUAAAACAACUAAAUUCACAUUCGCUAAGAAAACCAACAACAUAAUCGCGCAGUCGUCUUCCCGAUGCCGCCCUACACAAAAUCGCACAUAUAGCUGGGCCCCUUCUGAAUGACUUAAUUAAUACUACUUAAUUCUACUUCGCUUGAUGCGUCGUCACUGGACAAUAUUAGUGUUGCUCUUUUGCAGAAUGUUCAGAUGAUUCUUGGUUGGGUUAAUUCAGAAUGGUUAUACUCCUAAUUUAACUACUGUCCAGUAUAUGCAGGUUUUAUAGAAUUUCUGUUUACUAAGACAUCUAGAAAGGAUAGACAGUCGUGAUUCUCUUUCUUAACGGUAAAUUUAAUUAAGAAUUAAGAUGUAAGAUGAUUGAGAAAAAAUUCUAGCUGUCCAUUGGAUUCCAGAUGAUGAAGGUAUCAUCAACAUAUAGCAACCCUAGGUUUGAUAAUUGCCAGAUCCAUAGCGCCAGUUUCAAACCGUUCUAUGUAUAUAUUCGCGAAGAUCGGAGAGAGAGGGAAAUCCAUCGGUACUCCAUUAUUGUGUGGGUUGACUUGAAAGUAAGAGUUAUGCACACAACAUCUAAGGCGGUCUAUCACUCCCUCAAGAGGUAGUGAAGUUCUGUCAUGAAGUUUGUAUCAUUCUUAAACGUUAAAAUUUAAAAACAUAGGAAACACAUAAGGAAGGGUGAAAUCCAAAGAUCAGGAAUCGGGGAACCAUGUAUGGAUACCAAAGAACACAACAUCAAAUAGUUCAAAGCUCUGGUUGUCCACAGGGAACCAUAUGGGAAAAAAUGCAUGUUUGAAGAAGCUGUCUUCAUUAAAAGCAACGGAAACAUCUUUAGCAACCCAAACGUGGAAAUAAAUUAAGCCUUAAAAUGGCAGACCAAUGCUGGCGUUCUAGCGGAAUAACACACAACACUUUGGUGGACCCGACUCCGUCUCUGUUGAACGCUGUAGCCUACUAGAUAAGCCGCUUAGCCGUAGAAUUAAAAUUAGUCUGCACUUGAUAACAGGUACUGAUACAUCUACCCGAAACGUUGUGCAAAAAAAAAGAGACCAUGGAAUUUCGACAAUCUCUUGGUAGUUCUACUGAAUAUGGACCCAUAAAAUCGUAUUCAAUUUCCUUCAUGUUACCAAUAAUAGGAAAUUUUUGCGGCUCUUUUGGAGUUUUUUUUACUUUAUUCCUUAUUUGAAGCGCGCGCAAUGGAUGAGAAAUAACCUUUUUUCUUGUUAACCCUUCCAGCCUCGGUUAUUUUCGAAUGUCGAGAAAGAUAUUUUUCUAUUGUUUAUUAAUGUCUUUGUGAAUGUGAAGAGAGGUAGUGGCAGAUAUAAAAUUUUAAAACAUUGAUGAAAACAUUCAAAACAGUUUCUGUUUGUUGCACUUUUCACACUUACUACGAUACGACCUCCACCUGACUCUAACUUGCAGCGUUGUUCAUAUCCAUCCAUAAGGGCUAGCCAAUGGCCAAUAUCAUCAAAUCUCAUAUCACAAUUUAGAUUGCAUUCGGCUUCAGUUUUAUAUCAUGUGAGUUCACUAGUAGUAAAAGAGAAACAUCAGCUUCUGCGUCAUAAUCGUCAUCGUUUGUAGUGUCAUUGGCGAAUUCCCAGUGUCCUCCUUGAAUAUCCAAAUAAGCUGUUCAUUGAUUGCGGCACGUGUUUUCCUGAGGGAAGCUCCCUUCCUACGUUUUUAUAGAAUGGCCUAGCAGGAAUGCCGUCUGCUACAGAAGAACAAUAUUCACAUUUUGUCGUAGAAACUCCUGAAGUUGGCAAGUGCGUAUAGCAAUCUGAAAGAAUCCUGGCCGAGAAUGUAGUAAGCAUGCAGAGUGGCACAUGAACUUUGAUAUCUUUCAAAUAAUAAAUACUAAGCCAGCAUAUUGUUUGGUGCGCCACUCACGGAUAUGUCAAAACUGGAGCGAACAGUUGAUAGUUGAAAUAAUGAUGUCGGUAAAAUAGAUACCUGAAUAUGAUGGUUACCACCGCAAUGGCCAAAAUGGUUAACCGAUAAAAUUCGACGCUACUUAUAACACUCCCGUUACUAAGCGUAGGCGGUGCCGUCAGUAGUAAUCCUGAUAAGUUUCAGAAGUAGCAAAUUUUUUUUGGGUAAAUGAAUUGAAAAAAUCGUUUGUUGCAUUGUACUUGAACUAUUUUUUUAAUAUUUUAAUUGGUUCUCCGUAGGGGUCUUUAAGCUCCUAAACUCUUUUUCUCCUAGAGCUAUAAACUUUGUUUUAGUUCAUUCAUUGUCAAACCUGUUUCUGUAGCUGACUCUUCUAUCUGCUUUAUCGCAUUAACUAGAUUUUUCCUUGUUGGGGCUAAAAAUGUGCGUAUGUAAGAAUUUAGGGUCUUUGGUUCAGUACGGUAACUCUAGUUUUCGAACCACUUUUCCUGAGCACUGUUUCGAAUAGUAUGUUAAAUAAUAAUGUCGGCAGCGGAUCGCCUUUUCUUAGCCCAGUCAAUACUUUUUCUAUGGUUUUAUAAUCCGUUUCUGUUAAAAUCAUCUUUGUUAAAUUAACCAUUUUAUUUGAUACUACCAAUUAUGAAAUUGAUUCAUACAAUUUUUCUUUUUUAACUGUAUAAUACACUUUUUUAAAAUCAGUAAACAGUAUAUAUAGCUUCUGGUCCAGGCUGUUAUCAUCUCUCGUUUUACGAAUUGGACAAAUUAUCUCCAUCUCUAGGGCAUUUUUUCUUCUUUCCAUAUUGUUUCAAUUACGUUACAUAGAGUCUUCUAAAGCUUAUUUCCACCAACCUUUAACAUUUCAACUGUGAUCCCAUUCUCCCCGGGAGCUUUACUAUUUUUAAAAGUCUUGAUAAUUGAAAGAACUCUUUUAUUCUCUUCUGCGAUGUAUUUCAUCCACUGUAACCUUGCACAGUGAAUUUUAAAAUUCAAGAUAACAAUUACGCCUCUUGGUGCACAUUUCAAAAACUCAACAAUUAAUCUCAGCAUUUCCUCUUUCCACAUUUACUUAAUAAAUACAAAUAAAAAGCGAAUAUGUAAUAUUUUUAUGAAAACUAGAUUAUUCUAAAAAAAUGUUAAUCAUUACAUUAAUAAAUAGUAAAUAGUAUUAUUGCGGUCAUAGGGGCCUCUACAGAGUGUUAAGAAAACGUGGCAGUAUUUAAGGGGAUGCUUCCUCGGAUCCUUUUUUUAACUAAUGUUUUGUAAAUUAAUUCACAUAUCAUCUCAGGGAUUUAUUUGAAAUUUGGCAACGGUGUAUUUAGUAAUAUGGCUCUACGUAUAAAUUAAACAAUGGGUUUAGAGGGGGGUGGGGGCAACUUUAUAAAGUUUGCAAUUUACAAUUCUCCUGAGUUCCUUUUGCGUAACUGAUACUGUAAAUAGUAUUACAGUUCUCUGUGGAACUUUCUUUGAAAUAUUUAUAAAAUUUAUUGAUAAAAAUACACGACGGUGACUUUAAUUUUAUUUCGAUACUUCCUUGAGAUAGAGCGACUAAAACUACAACUGUUUCGUUUCUUGAAUUUUCAUUAAGUUAGGGCCAAAUGAGCUUUUUAUUACUAGAGACAGUGCUGCCACAUUUGAAAUCCUUGAAAAGAUAUUUGGAUUAAUUUAUUUAAAAAAAAAAUCCACACCGUAUCUUUUUCAUAAAAUCAAUUUUUUCAUAAAAUGAUCUGAGAACUGACCCCCUUAUAUAUUGCCGCACGUUUUUAAACACCGUGUACACAAAUUUCAGUUCUAAAUAAGCAUAAAAAUAUUUGGGAAAUGUGGCCCUAUUUUGCGUAGAAUGCAAAAGUUAUCAUUGCUUUCGCUCAAACCGGAAGUGCAGCAAUUGACAUCAUCAUUAAUUAAAUGUCAUAUCUUGUGAAGGUUUCAAUUUUCUCCCAAAUAAUCAGUUGUAUAUGUAUAUUACAUUUCGAAAUUCGAUUUUCCUCAAAAACACCCCAUGAUUUGAUUAGGUUGUCAAUGAAUGUUGCGCUUGAAUAUCACAGAAGUGAUUUAUUUGUAUUUUUUUAUGGCAACUACAGAAAAUUGUGAAUAUUUGGGAGAAUAUUAAUGGAAAAUGGAAGAUUUUUUGCAUCCGAGAUCCGAUUAAGUUUGAUCGAUAUUUUGUUGUAAUUUUUGUUAUUUCUGCACGUGCAGCUUUUGAUUUUUAAAUGAAGGAACUACAUUUUUGUUGUUGUGGUGAAAUUUUGCAUUAUUAUUCUCCGAUUAUAAUAACUAAACCAUUUACAGUAUGUUCUAUUUUUGUCCGUUUUGGUUAGUUGGCCGUAA